AUGCAACUCGCCCGACACAGCACCUCUGACACGGUGCCGUCCGACACAGCGCUGGAAGAAGGGCCCUGGGUGAAAGGCACUCAGAAUACGCUUGGCCGCAACAAGGGACUCACGUCGCCCAGCAUCAGUGAUGGCACAGGUGGUGCCCGCUGGAUUUCCUCAUGCUCGCCUGGGGAGAGGCAGCUCUCCAGCGUUUGGGGGGACAGGGAGGGGUGCCUCUGUGCUGUGAGCGCUACGGCAGUAAAUCAUUUGCCCAGAGUGACCGGUGUGCUCCCUGCAGGCCCCAGGAGAGCCCCAGGCAUUCCUAACUUAAAGGGGCCAGGGGCCUGGGUGCACCCAGCUGUGGCCGCCUGCAGUGACAUUUCCCCACAGGGUGACCGCUGCCUGGUGCUGCUUGGGAAGCACCGCCGACACCUGCCCAGCCUCCGGCGACACACAAGCUUCCACCGACAGGCGGUGGUGGCUGCACGAGAUGCAUUUCAGAAUGGAACCCGGCACUACCCACCACUGCUUCCGCAGGUGUGCGAGCACUCAGCAGGAAAGGCAUGGAUCACGCCUGUGGGACCCACUGAGCUCACACAAGGCAAGCGCCCACGAGACCAGCACCUGGCCCAGACACAGACUGUGGAACUGCACUGGAGCAGUUACUUCAAGUGGUGCCGUCUGGCGCGACAGCAGCGCAGUUCGCCGGAGCCCAGCAAUGUCCGGCCUCCGUUCGGGCCUCGGGACGGCGGGAGCUUGCACUCGGCCCGCUGGUUGGUUUCCGAGGCGCCUUGGGCUCUGACCGCCCUGGUCCGGAGCGAGCGCGGAUCUAGGGAGCCGCGCCCCGCGCCCCGCGGCCCACAAGGGCGCGAGUGUGUAGGCGCUGGCGAGCCUCUCCAAGAGGAGCAGGCGCUUCCGGCUCUCUCCCCAGGGGCCAGGACGCUGUCUGCCGGCCCGGAGCUGGGAGUGGCGCCCGGAGCGCGGGCUCUCGAGAAAGUGCCCGGACCCAGCUGCUCAGGCCUUUCCAGCCCCUACACGGGCAUCCCGCGCCCGCUCUCGGGACUGUCGCCGCGCCGCGCCGCCCGCGGGUCCGAAUGCUCCGAGUCCACGCGGUCCCGCCAACGCCUCCGGCUCGGCCCUGCGCCCGACAUCCCCCGGCAACAGUACAGCCGGCUGAACUCCUCCAGCCAGACCAACAGCCUCAAGGAUCUGCUGCAGAGCAAGAUCGAUGACCUGGAGCGGCAGGUGCUGUCUCGGGUGAACAGCCUGGCGGAGGGCAAGGGGGGGCCCCGGAACGACACGGAGGAGAGGGUCAAGAUCGAGAGCGCCCUGACCUCGCUGCACCAGCGCAUCAGCGAGCUGGAGAAAGGUCAGAAGGACAACCGGCCUGGAGACAAGUUCCAGCUCACGUUCCCUCUGAGGACUAACUACAUGUACGCCAAGGUGAAGAAGAGCCUGCCAGAGAUGUACGCCUUCACCGUGUGCAUGUGGCUCAAGUCCAGCGCGGCACCUGGCGUGGGCACCCCCUUCUCCUACGCUGUGCCUGGCCAGGCCAAUGAGCUGGUACUCAUUGAGUGGGGCAACAACCCCAUGGAGAUCCUCAUCAAUGACAAGGUGGCCAAGCUGCCCUUUGUGAUCAAUGAUGGGAAGUGGCACCACAUCUGUGUCACCUGGACCACCCGGGACGGGGUCUGGGAGGCCUACCAGGAUGGCACCCAGGGUGGCAGUGGCGAGAACCUGGCACCCUACCACCCCAUCAAGCCACAGGGCGUGCUGGUGCUGGGCCAGGAACAGGACACUCUGGGUGGUGGGUUUGAUGCCACCCAAGCGUUUGUGGGCGAGCUGGCCCAUUUCAACAUCUGGGACCGCAAGCUGACCCCAGGGGAGGUGUACAACCUGGCCACGUGCAGCACCAAGGCCCUUUCGGGCAACGUCAUCGCCUGGGCCGAGUCCCACAUUGAGAUCUUCGGCGGAGCCACUAAGUGGACAUUCGAAGCCUGUCGCCAGAUCAACUGA